UUUCUGGGUCUCCUAAUUCUGCUGAAAGGUCAGAUUUUUUUCUGCUUAGAAGUUUAGGGUCCCUCUGCUUUUCGCCAAAAAACACAAAAAGGAAACAAAAAAUGAAAAAGAGAUAAAAGAGAAAGGUUUCUUGAGUGUUCUUGAAUUGUUCUCUUUCUUUUCACAUUUCUGUUCAAAAGUGAGGAAUUGAGGGAUUGGGAGAGUGAGGGGUAUCAGAAGAAGCUGAAGCCAUGGGAGUAGAUUUGAAGCAAGUGGUGGCUGCUGUACUCACCCUCGCCAUGUUCGUGAUGCUUGCAAAUAUGAUCAAGAGAGAUCAUUUUGACGCUGAAGACGCACUUCCAGGAGCAGAGGGUGCUAACUUUGUGAGCGCAAAGCUUGAUAACUACUUAAGAAAGAGGGCAGCACCGUGGAAAGGAGAAGCGGACAAGCUAAAACCAUGCUGGCUAAAGCCUUAUGCAGAUGAUGUGGAACAGACCAAGGGGUUUGUUAUCUUUUCAUUGACUAAUGGCCCUGAAUACCACAUUUCUCAGAUUGCAGACGCAGUGGUUGUUGCUAGAUAUCUUGGGGCGAAGCUUGUGCUCCCUGACAUUAGAGGAACCCAACCUGGUGACAAGAGGAACUUUGAGGAAAUUUAUGACGUUGACGCAUUCAUGAAAAGCAUGGAAGGAGUUGUGAGAGUGGUAAAGGAUCUUCCUGAUUACAUAUCUUCGCAGAAUAUUGCUGCUGUGAAGGUCCCUAAUCGCGUCACAGAAGACUACAUAGCUGCCCGUGUUGAGCCAAUUUACAGAUCCAAAGGGAAUAUCAGACUUGCAACUAACUUCCCUUCAAUAAACAUGCGAAAGGGAGGCAAAAAAGGCGAUAGUGAUUCUGUUGCAUGCUUAGCGAUGUUUGGAAGUUUGGAGUUGCGACCAGAAAUACAUGAAUUGAUUGAGUCAAUGGUUGAAAGACUAAGAACCUUGAGCCAGAAUUCAGAUGGUCGGUUUAUAGCCGUGGACUUGAGGGUUGACAUGUUGGAUGGGAAGGGUUGUGAAGGAAGUGACAAUAAACAAGAGAAAAGCUGUUUCAAUGCACAAGAAAUUGGAGUAUUUUUAAGGAAGAUUGGUUUUGACAAGGAUACCACAGUAUAUGUGACUGGGUCAAGGUGGGAUAGCAGCCUAGAUUCUCUGAAAAAUCUGUUCCCUAAAACUCAAACAAAGGAUGACAUUAUGCCCGAAGAGAAGAGGUCAAAGUACUUGGAUUCUGAAGGUUAUGAAUUUGAGAAAGUGAUUGACUUUUACAUUAGUACUAAGAGCGAUGUUUUUGUUCCAGCAGUCCCAGGUCUGUUCUAUGCUAAUGUGGCUGGAAGGAGAAUUGGUUCUGGCAAAACCCAGAUAUUUCUUCCAGCAGUCAUUUCAGAUUUUUCGUUUUCUGCAACCGACUUCAUCUCCCCUUAUGUCUACAAGAAAAACCACUUCGCAUACUCUUGUUACUGUUAAAAUGUCAAAAAAAAAAAAAGGUGUUGGAAAGUGUUCUGAAGCCUCAAAUAUGGUUUUGCCUAUUCAAGUUUGUGAGAGUUCACAGUAAAAGGAUGUGAAGGGGGGAAGGAAGGGUUCAUUCGAAAGAAGUAACUGGUAUUUGGUAUGUACACAGGAAUUUCCGUCCAUCAUAUGCAGUUUGUAAAAGUAUUGUUGCCUCGUAUGAUUAUUCACAGUUGGUGAAACUGGUGAGAUGCAUUUUUUGUUAGUUGGUAUGGUGUUUGCACAUGUCAUCUUUAUUACUCUCUUGUGGUCAAAGAUGUUUUAUUAAUUGCAAAACAUGGAGGAACCAUUAGAAAGAGUUCAUAUCAUUUACCAAA